AUGGGAGACAAGACUAUAAAGGCUAUUGGUCAGGGUUCAAGCAGUGGUUUAGACAAAAGAAAAAGCUUUGGAGGGUUUGGUAACAGAAGAUUUGGUAGAGGGAGACCCACAGUACAAAGGCCACCUCGAUCCAUUCAGCAGAUGCCUAGAGGAGCACUAUCACUUCAUAUUUGUGAGACUUGUGAUAAGACCCAUGGAGGAGUAUGUUACACAGCCACCGGAGCCUGCUACAACUAUGGUGGUGCGGGGAAUUUUGCUAGAGAUUGUGUCAGUGCCCACAGAUCAGUGCCACCUACUAUAGCUGAGGGAUCAGUUCAAGCCAGGGUGUACACCAAGCGCCAAAGAGAAGAGGCUAAGACUUCUGAUGUAAUAGCCGGUAUAUUCUCCAUCUUUGACAAAGAUGUUUAUGUACUGUUUGAUCCCAGCUCUACACAUUCUUAUGUUAGUGCUAGUAUUGCAUGUUCUGCUACUAUCCCUUGUAUGAAAAUGGAUUUUGAUGUGUUGGUAACUAGUCCUUCAGGACAAGAUGUUAGGGUGAACUGA